CAUCUUCUCGCACCUGCCAGUGCUGGAAGGCAGACCUGUGGUGAGCAGCUCAGACUAGCAAGCUGAAGAGAGGCUUGAGGGCCUCCCGGUGGAAGAACAUUUCAAAAAAUGUUUCAAGUUCCCGUGGAAAAUCUGGAUCACAUCAGAACUAUGCGGCCGUGGGUGAAGAGAGUUCUUCUGAAUAUUGGACUUGCCGACUGCAAAGAACUGAUGAAGGACCUUAAAGACUUUGGCCCAAGUGACAGAUACUUUUAUAAUACAUCUUGGCCAGAUAUUGCUUCAAGGGAACUUGUCAGAAAGAAGGUGAGAUACCGAACCAAGCCAUACUGCUGUAGCCUCUGCACAUACUCAGCGAAUGUGCUUGCUUCUCUCAAAAAUCAUUUGCAUCAUUGUCAUGAAGAUGAGGUGGACCAAGAGCUGCAGAUCCAGUGUCCAGAUUGCUCAUUUGCUUCUCGGCCUGAUGUGGUGAGCAGACACUUCUGGUUGUUCCAUGAGCCUGCUGGGAAAGUUCCCAACCCCAAAGAGAAAGUUCUGGGCAAUGGGAAGUCAUUGAAGGGUUAUAUAAAACAUUUCACUUGUUUAAAAUGUAACUUUUCCAACACUUCCUUCUGUAGCAUGAAGAAGCAUGUGCUGAUCACCCAUUUCCAUUCUUUACUUAAUGCCUACAUUGGCCUUCAAACUAAAGACCAGCAGCAGUCAACAGCUGCUACUCUUUCUGGGGCAAACACUCUACCACCUGAAAGAUUCUAUUGUAAAAAGUGUAGUACCACUGUGAGUAGCCAGGAAGAGCUCAUAUCCCAUAUUUUAACAUCAGACGUACAUAAGAAUUUGGAGAAUAAGUUGAGGUCUGUGAUUUCAGAACACAACAAGAGGACUGGGUUUCUGAAGCAAGUGGCUUUUGCUCCAAAGCCACAGGCAGGCUUGUCCAGACCACCAAACAGCAGUGCUCCACACACAACUGCUUCAGCAAAGCCACCUUGGUCCCAUCUUGCCUUGCCACAGAACACUCCAAGUCCAGCCAUGGUACAGCCAGUGACUUUGGCCCAACCUGUGAGUUCUGCGAAUGUACAGUCAUGGAUGGGGGUCCCAGGCUCUUCUUGGAGCCUCACUCAUUCUCUGUCUGAUACUACUCAAUCCCAUGUGACUUUUGUCUCCAGGCCUUUACCUGUUUGCCAAACCAGCCUCACACUGCAGCCUUCAGUUCCCUCAACUGUCAUUUUCUCAGGUAGGGCUUCACUUAAUAAGCCUGUAGACCCUCCGGCACUACUUGUGAGCCAGCCACUUGGGCUUGUGAAUAAGUCUGUUGGAAUGAGCAAUCAAGCCAUCCAACCUGGGAUUUUACCCUUAACACAGCCCAUAGGGUCUACAAGUCUACCUGUGGGUCCUCCAGUCAGAUCAGUGGGGCUUACUAGCAGGCCAGUGGAGCCCACAAGCAGACUGACCAGGCCAGGUACCCCUUCUUCUAGUCUUUCUGUCAGUAAUAGGAUUCUGCAGACCACAUCAUCUGGAACUAUUUCUGUGGGUCAGAUGGUCUCAUUGGCAGUUCUCCCUGAAGGUCAGAUGACCCCCACUUCUGUGAUUCCUGCCCAGACAGCUGCUUCUAGGGUUCUUCCCACUGGCCAAACAGUUCAGUCCAGGGUUCUCCAUGUAGGUCAGACAGUCUCAUCACAGGUUCUCCCCUCUUGUCAGACAGUGUCCUUUAGAGUUCUCCCCACAAAUCCAUUGGCAUCAUCUGGGUUGCUGUCCCCCAAACAACUGGUGGUCUCAGAUGUCUCUAUAAACCAGGGUGUGAGCUCUCAUAUUCCUCUGCUUGGUCAGCCUGUUAUAUCAGGAGGCCUUCCUGCAGGUCCACCAGUUAGACCCAGUGUGCUUCAGCUCAGUCAGUCUGUUGGCUCCAAUAUCCAUCCAGUGAGCCAGUCAGUGAGAGCUGGAACUUCACAGAAUGCCAUGUUCCUCAAGUCAGGCUCUAGUUUUAGGAAGCUCCUUCCGACAGGAACACAGGUUAAUGGCAAGCCCAUUUACAUGCUGGACCCCAUUCCUGUCACUCUGCCUAUUCCUCAGGGUGUUAGCCUUAUGACUAUCACUCCAUCCCAAGUGCCCAACAAAUUCCUAUCCCCUAGUGUGGGUACACAGAUGUCCAGUGCUCUACCUAAUUUGUCCUCCUCCAGGGGGCUGGUAAGCACUGCAGACCAGAAUAUAUUUGUUCAGGUCUCUUCACCUGAGGUCAGACAGACCAACCAGUGGAAAAUCUGCCCAGUUUGCAAGGUGUUCUUUCCAUCUAAUGUCUACCAGGCUCACAUGGAAGUGGCUCACAAACUAAGUGAGUUUAUCUCCAGUGAGAAACUUGAACCAGUAAAGCUGCCAGUGUGUGCACCAUUUCUCAAAUGGACAAGAGAGAAGGCCAUGCGUUGCCUCUCCUGCAAAUGCUUGAUCUCAAAGGAGGAAUUAAUGUACCAUUUACUUAAACAUGGCAUAGAGUGCCUGUUUUGCCCAUGUACUUUCCACAACAUUCAGGAUCUUUUGGAGCACAGCAAAAUUAAACACCUUGGGAGAAAGAAGCUGUCUUUGAAUUAUAGUAACAGGGGCUCCCAAUUAAGCCUGGACGCUAAUGGCAACCUGUUGUUCCCCCAUCUUGAUUUCAUCAUUAGUCUGCCAAAAGAGAAGAUUGGAGAACAGGAGAUCUGCCUGGCUAUCCUUUCAGGCAUAUAUUCCACAUCACUGGUGCCCUUGUAUGUUAAGUUGAGGCCUCAGGUUGAGGCUGUACCUAAGCUCAGUGAACAAGAGCUGACCUGUCCCCUCUGUUUGAGCACAUUCGUGAUAGCUGAUGCCUAUAUGUUACAUUUAAAGGAUAGACACCAUAUUAUGCCAGUGGCCUAUACAGUGCUCAGUUCUCCUGCCUUCAGGUGUGUCCAUUGUUGCAGAGUCUAUCCUGGAAACUUGACUAUGGCAGCCAUCUCGUUCCAUUUGCUGAAUUGUAAAUAUGCUACUAAAGGCAACAGAUCAGACCGGCAAGUUCAGUCCAGCUUUGUUGAGAGCAGUGAACAACAAUUUGUUAAUGGGGAAAAGAUUCCUGAUUCUACCUGUCCUGUAAAAAGAAAGUGGCCAGAUGGCCAUUUGGGGGCAGAAGACCAUAGGAGGGAUGGGAAAGAUUCCUUGCAUGUACUAAAGGGUAAGGCAGCAGGUCCAGAAGAAGGGACUAGUGCUGUGCCUUUGAAGAAACAAAGGAAUGAAAGCACAACUCAAGGACUAGUGGUCAAUGAUGAUUUACUCCAGAUCCUAGCAUUAGAUACCCAAAAAUACAAAGACUACCAUGAGAAAAAGAAGCAGUUUCUUAAAGAUUAUUUCCAUAAGAAACCAUAUCCUACCAGAAAUGAAGUAGAACUGCUGUCUUUAUUCUUGAAGAUGGAAAAAAUUAAUGUGGCUUUGUUUUUUGGAACAAGAAGAUAUAUCUGCUUGAAAGCAAUAGAAGUCCACAGACCCUCAGUACUUCUAGGUUUUGAUAUGUCUGAACUUAAAAAUGUUAAACACAAACUGAACUUUGAACCACAAAACUCAGUUUAAAGUCCUAGGCAGUAGUUUAUGCUGACUUUGGUACCCUCCUUUGCUCUGUGUUGUGGGUGCUCAGGAAUACUUAGGUUAAGAAGUAAAUGUUACUCCAAAUGUACUAGUUCCUGUAGUUCAGUCUCUUAGCUGUUAUUCCUAAGUGGCCUCCACACCUACCAUGUGAAUUAAGUUUUAGUAUCCCAUAUAUUCCUUAUAACUAGUAACUUCCAAAUGAUAAAACCUGAAGUCUACAAAUACUUGUCUUUUCAUUUUAGGAAAUUGUUGCUUGUUUGUAAAUGAUUAGUUGAAAGUAAGAACGUUGUUUUGGAGCAUUAGAGGCAGCAGCCAAGGACACAGCAGGGUUUAGAGAAGAGGGUAUAUACUGCUGUGUAUGCGGCUUUCUAAGAACACAUUUUUGAAUAUUAGCUUCUGUUAGUAUUUGACUACCAUAUUAUAAUUUUGAUUUAUAUUUUCAGGUUUGUCCUGAAAGCUUAAAAAGUACAACUCAUAGAAAAACUAAAUGUUCUCAUUAUUAAAAAUAUCCCCAUCUCAGUCAGGGUUUGAUGUGUAGCUCAUAAUGUGUUAUUUUAUAAGUCAAGUGUUGAAGGGGCAGGAGUGCAUUCCCUUGUGAACUUUAUAGUAACAACUCAUUUCUCCAUUAAAAGAUAAGACAAUUUUUAAGCACCUUUAGAAUAAACUUUGAAAAGACACACAGAGUUCUUUCUUACUUGAACUGCUCAUAAGCAAGUUAGAAGAAAAAGAGCCAUGGACUCAUGUAUAAAAUUCCUGCCCUUGUGUGUGGAUCCUUCUUGAAAUAGAGUACAGGUUUCAGGCUUAGGUGAAAGGGGUAGACCAGGAACUCUGUCUUCAUGGUUGGAGUAACUUAGUAGAUGUGUUACUGUUGGGAAGAUUGGAUUUCCUCUGGCCCAGGUAUCCAGAUGAGUACUCCAGGCAUUACUAAGGAAUCUGUGUUGCUGUAUUACUGUUCUGUGGAUGUCAGACCCUCUGUUUUCCACACAAUGUAAAGCACCAGCAUAGUGUACAGUAUUGUAGACCAGCCAGCUUAGGCAUGGAAUUAUUGCUCACCUCCACACCUAUCCCUACCCCACACAUCUGGGAAAACAAACAAACAAACAAAAAGCCCCAAAUUUACUUUUCAGCAAGAGGGUGUGCUCAGGAAGAAGAAACACAGAAGUAUACUUUUUUUUUCCUGAGGAAGGUGGUAAUUGUAUCUUUUCCCCAUUGGCUGGGGUCUGAACCUCUGCUAGUCUGAGAAGAGUUGGUGCAUAAAAAAGUGGAGGAAGGGGAAAGGAGUUAUUGCUCCAAGGAGGAAAGGAUCAUUGCUUCAGGCUAUCAAAUUCUUAGAAUAGAAAUAGGACCUCUGAGUAAAUAAAAGUUUUACUUGAAGUGGGGAGAGAGAUUAAGUCCUAAACACAAGUUUUAUAGUAUUUGAUAGAAAAAAAUCAUAUUUCUUACAAAUCUUUUCUCUUUUUUUUCUUUUAAAACACUAUUUUCUUCAAACUCAUUAUGGUUUUCUUUUUCUGCCCUAUCUUGGAAUAAGAAACUGCCAUGGGGAGGGAGUAGUACCUGUUUAUUAAUAGUUAAUUCAACUAUCCUGUGUUAGGUUCCUAGUAUAAAAAAUUAUUACAUUUAUUUCAUUAGCAUGGUUUAAGAUGAGCUCACCUUCCUAAGGGUAGUUCCUCUGUCAGGAGAAUGACCUAUCUGCUUUGGAAUCAUUGCCCUUUGAUGUGCAAAGGAGGAGUUUGUCUCCUUUUAGAUGAAGUACCCAGGGUGUGGGGCUCCAGAAAGUAUUACAGUGUUUCUAUGUGGAUUUUUUUUUAAUGUAACAUUUGCUUGUAAUAUUUGUAACAUACUUUUAGGCACUUGUGAAUCUGCUUUGACUGUUGGUACACACUAGUCAAUUCUGAGAGCUUGUUACUGUUUUUUUUUCCCCUAUUUUAAGAGUGUUUAUUGUGAAUUAAAAUUUGUUAUACCACUGCCAAAAAAUAAAGUUUAUUUUGGAACA